AUGUCGGUACUCUCAAGUGUAGCUGCCAACGCUAUUGUUUGGCCAUUAUUUGCAGUUAUGCUAAUUGUAUCUUGUACUAUUGCAUACUUUAAAAGUUCGGGAAGUUCAUUCAUUUCCGCAAACGGCACACAGAAGGGUGUGCCUCUCGCUCUAAACUUUAUUGCAACGUCAUUUGGAUGCGGUAUGCUUGUCGCAUACCCGCAAAUGGCGAACGUUGCAGGCCUACAUGGUUUAUUAGUAUAUUCGCUCACGUCAGCAUUGCCAAUGAUGCUCUUUGCGUACUUUGGACCUUUAAUUAGAAAGCGAUGUCCAGAAGGGUUUUUGUUAACUGAGUGGGUAUAUCAGCGGUUUGGGACGGUAGCAGGAGUGUAUUUGAGUAUUUGUACGGUAUUAAACCUAUUCCUUUACAUGGUUUCCGAAGUUUCUUCUGUGAACUUGGCCUACGAGGCGUUGACAGGGAAAAGUGGGCUUGCUGUAGUGAUAGUUCAGUGCGUUGUAACGACUAUAUAUACCACACUAGGUGGUUUUCAUAUUUCGUUUAUCACUGACACCAUUCAGACAGGUAUUGUUUUAGUAUUGCUAGUCGCGGGUACCAUCGCUGUCGCAACGAAUCUAAAAAUUGACCAUCAAGCUGUACUUGAUAGCGGAUUAUUAGAGGCAAAGCCACUAGGCUGGAAGCUAUUAUACAUCUUGACGGUUGCUAUAUUCACCAACGAUUUCUUUAUGUCAGGCUUCUGGCUCCGGACGUUUGCUGCACGCUCAGACAAAGACCUCUUCAUUGGAUGCGCCAUUGCAACUUUUGUGCUUCUUUGCGUGCUUACACUAGUCGGCAUGACCGGUAUGCUAGCAGUGUGGGCAGGUUAUGUUCCAAUUGCAUCCUCCGAAUCAGUUCCAUUUUUCGACUUACUCGCCCACCAAAGUGCCGGUAUUGUUGGACUUGUCCUUGCAAUUACAAUCGUCAUCUCCACUUGCGCCCUAGACACCCUGCAGAGCGCGCUUGUCUCCACUAUCGCAAGCAGCGUCUUCCGCAACAAACUGUCCCUUCUAUACGUGCGCUCAAUCGUCCUUAUUGUGAUGGUCCCAGUCGUUAUCGUUGGCCUCAUCGCACAAGACAUUCUAAAUAUCUACCUUAUCGUGGACCUCCUUUCCAGCUCGGUCAUACCGGUCAUGAUGUUUGGACUUCAUCGUAAAUCUCACUCCUAUCUCACUGCUUGGGAAGUUGUUGGAGGUGGUCUUGGUGGUAUUUUAAGUGUCUUCAUUUUCGGUUCAAUCUAUUACCACAGCGCCCACGAGGGUGGUCGUCUCCUUCUCCUCCUUAAUGGACUCUAUCUCGACGACUGGGGUGUCUUUGGCGCCCUAGUUGCUGCCCCGGUCGGAAGCAUUAUAUCCGCCUUCCUCAUCUUUGUAAUAAGAAGCAUUCUCUACCAUUUUUGGCCCCUAUCAUUAUUAGCACCAAUUAGCCCAGAACAAAAUAACACAAAAGGAACCAUAAGCGAAGAUUACCACAGUGACGAGACCAAGGAUUCUACCUUAAUUUUUCCACCCAUAUAA